AUGAGUUUUGUAACAGGCACUCCCAAAGGCACGUGGCAACCAAUCAUGACUGCGGAUACAACCACACAAAGUUACUGGAUAAACUGGAGGGUUUUGCUUUGUGCUAUCUGGAUCCUGCUUUCAGCUAUCUUUUCAUCAUUGAUUAUAUGGAAGUACGAAGUCUUUCGAAAACCAUCAAAAAAUGAUAACAUGGAAAUUCAGAAGGAAACAUCGUCAACUUUGUAUGAGGAUGAAACUUGGAAGCCUUGCUUAAAAGGGAUUCACCCAGCUUGGUUGCUCAGUUUUAGAGUUUUUGCAUUUAUUGUUCUUUUGGUGCUUCUCAUAGUCACUGUUAUUGAGGACGGAGGAAGCAUUUUCUACUUUUACACUCAGUGGACUUUUACUUCAAUCACCAUUUAUUUUGGGCUGGGAUCUUUGCUCUCCAUGCAUGGAUGUUACCAUCAUCAUAAGAAAGCGAGUGGUGAUAAGGUUGACCAUGUGGAUGGAGAUGCGGAGCAAGGAAAUUUUGAUGCUUCUUCACUCCCACGGAGUUCUAAUCCAUCCAGCCAUGAGAAAGGUUUAGGAGCUCCAGAAGGACAUGCUAUCCGUCAACCUGCUGGCACUUGGGGUUAUAUCUUUCAAAUAAUAUUCCAGAUGAAUGCAGGUGCUGUUAUGCUUACAGAUUGUGUAUUUUGGCUCAUAAUUGUUCCGUUUCUAACCAUGAAAGAUUACAACAUAAAUUUUAUAAUCAUCAAUAUGCAUACCAUCAAUGCUGUUUUCCUGCUAGGCGAUACUGCUUUAAAUUGCCUGCGGUUCCCUUGGUUUCGAAUAGGAUACUUUUGCCUGUGGACAGUCACAUAUGUGAUUUUCCAGUGGAUUAUUCAUGCCAUAGUCAAACUCUGGUGGGCAUAUCCAUUUCUUGACUUGUCAUCCCCAUAUGCUCCACUAUGUUACGUUUCAAUGGCAUUAUUGCAUAUUCCGUGCUAUGGUAUCUUCGCUUUGAUAAUGAAGCUGAAACACACCGUGUUGUCAACUCGGUAUCCAGACUCGUACCAAUGUGUUAGAUGA